AGAUGUCCCAUGGGGGGUAAAAUCGCCCACCGGUGAGAAGCACUGGUCUAGGGAUUAAAGACAUAGCCAUGACAAAAUGAAACAUCUCUGAUCUCAAGAAACUUACAUUCUGGGGUAAUGGGGAUGGGGAGUUAGUGUUUCAUGGGGACACAGUUUUGGUUUGGGAAGAUGAGAAAGUUCUGGAGGUGGAUGGUGGGGAUGGUUACACACUGUGAAUGGAAUUAAUGCCACUGAAGUUUACAUUUAAAAAUGAUUCGAAUGGCAAACUUUAUGUUAGGCGUAUAUAUUAAUAUAUAUAACCACCAUUAACGAUAAACCAGACGAGAGCCAAUCUUGGUUCACGCAGCGGCUCGGAGGCGGGCUGCAGCACCACGGACAGCUCCCAGCGCACUCUCAGGGGGGAAGAGCUGCUGCUUUACAAAUGUCCUUCUGUUCCAAAUGCUUUUCUCCCCCUUCUUCAUCCAUCCAACUCCUACUCACUCCUCAGAGCCCAACCCACACGGUCACCACCCCUGCCCCACUCAGAAAUCUCCCCAUGUUCUCCCCAAGCCACUCUGCUCCAAAGAUGUCAGCCCAGACUCCCUUGCCCAUCUCCUGCUCCGAGUGGGAGUUCUAUGAAAGCAAAGUCGUACUCACAUUUCGGACCCCAGUGCCCAGUACUAGAACGAACCUGGAUUUCCCGCUCAGUGUCUCUUCCCAGAGCUCCACGUCCUCCAGCCAAGAGGUGCAAAGUCCAGGUCUUGUGCUGGAGUCUCUGGGCUCUCCCUUCCCUGCUGUGGGGCGGUUGCCUUUAUGCCUUUGGCUUGGAGGGGCACCGACCCUGAUGCAGUGGGUGGGGUAGCCACGUGAAUAGAGUGUUGUUUGAGACCCACAGGGGGAGCCAGCGUCUGUGCAUUCUACCUGCAUUUCCCGAACAUCUCCUUUGUACCACGUGCUACUGCCCUGGCACAUGACACUGUACAAAACCAACCAAGUCUCUUUUGAAAUUUCUAUUCCAAUAAGGGGGGGGGUCCUAGAAUAAACAAAGAAACAAGUAAAUAAUCUCAAAUAGUGGUAAGUAUUAUGAAAAAAGACUCAUCAGGCUCCUCAAUACCAUAAACAUAGAAUUAGUGUAUGACCCAGCAUUGCCACUCUCAGGUAUAUACCCCAAAGAACUGAAAACAGGGAUUGAAAUAAAUCCAUGUACACCCAUGUUCGUAGCAGCACUAUUCACAACCGUCAAAAUGUAGAAACACUUUUUGUUUAUCCACUGGUGAAUGAAUAAACAAAAAGUGGCGCACGCAUACAAUGAUAUAUAUGAUUCAGCCAUAAAAAUGAAGGAAGCACUGACACAUAUCACAAUGUGGGUGAUCCUUGAAAAAUGUUGCUCAGUGAGAGAAGCCAGACACAAAAGAUGGCAUAGUACCUUAUUCCAUUAAUAUGAAAUAUCCAGAACAGGCAAAUCCACAGAGACAGAAAGUGGAUUAGUGGUUGCCAGGGGCUGGGAAGGGAGAAGUAAGAGACUGCUUAAUGGGUACGGGUUUCCAUUUGGGGUGAUGAGAACGUUCUGGAACUAGACAGUGGCGACGGUGGCACAACACUGACUGUACUUAAUGUCACUGAACUAUACACUUCCAAAUGGUUAAAAUGGUAAAUGUUACAUUAUGUGUAUUUUACCACAGUAAAAAAGAAAAAAAAAAAUUUUUUUAAACUGAAAAACAAAUCAGACUAGAUAAUGGGAUGGAAGAUGAUGGAGUGAGAGGCAAGGUAGGCGGUGAGAUUAGGAAAGGCCUCUUUGAGGAGAUGACUUCUGAGCUGACACCUGAAUAAUGCAAACACCUGGGGGAAGAGUAUACCUGGCAGAUGGAGCAGCUUGUGCAAAGGCCCUGUGGUGGGAAUGAAUGAGCCUGAUGUGUUCACAGAACAGGUGAAAACCAUCAUCACAGUGAUUAAGAGGAACAGGAGGUAACAACAGGCAUCCAUUCCUACUUAGGAUCAUGUAUUGAUAUUAGUUUCCUGUGGCUGCCAUAACAAAGUACCACGAACUAGGUGGCUCAAAACAAUCGCUUUUUUUUUUUUUUUUUCUAUCACAGUUUUGGAGGCCAGAAGUCUGAAAUCAAGGUAUUGGCAGGGUUGGCUUCUUCUGGGGGCUGUGAGGGAGAAUCCAUUUGGUGUCUCUCCAGCUUCCGGUGGUCACUGAUGACAAUCCUCCAUAUUCCUUGGCUUGUCGAUGCAUCAUCCUGAUCUCACAUGAUGUGACCCCCCCCCCCCUUCUCUUCUCUUAUGAAGUCACUUGUCAUGGGAUUUAGGGCACAUCUUAAAUCUAGGAUGAUCUCAUCUGGAGAUCCUUAACUUAAUUCCAUCUGCAAAGACCCUUUUUUCCAACUAAGGUCACAUUCACAAGUUCCAGGGGUUAGGACAUGGACAUAACUUUGGGGGCUGGGCCCCAUUCAACGUGCUACCAGUCUAAAAAUAAAAACAGCAACAGCAAGAAACACGCAUAGAACUUUUCUCAUGCUGCGGCACUGUGCCAAGCACCCUCCCUGCAUCCCCUCAUUAAAUGCCGAAAGGCCAGUACCCUAAUGUUUCCAUUUCACAGAUGAGGAAACUGAGGUCCAGGAAGUAUGAUCACUUACCCAACCAAGUCCCCAGCUAGUGGCUGAGCCAGUGUCCCAAUCCACUUAUGGUUUGAUUUCAGAGGGUGCACUCUUAACUCUAUACCAUUCUAUGGUCUUCCAGGGCGGGGCUGAUGCACGCACACCUGCAGGGGACGCCUUCCCCUCGGAGGCCCCGAGCGAAUGUGUCUGAGAAGGUUUUCUGUCUCCCCAGCACCCAGCCCGGUCUUCGGCCCAUGGCUCAUCGUAAGUGGUCGCCUGAGGGACCCAUGAAAUGGGUCCACGAGGAGAUUAUUUCCUCCCUCGCUCUUAAUCUAAGGAAUGAGGCCAUCGCUGUCACUUAUUUAUUUGUUCCUUGUUUUGUUUUUAAAUCUGUGAUGCGCCAUCAGGAAAUCAUUUCCGCUUCUGCCCCUGGUGAGGCUCUUGGAAAUGCUCCCCUCUCAGCCAAUGGAGAGCACCGAUUCUGGCAGGGGGCUGUGCUUUUUGGUCAGCCCUGCCCCCAUCCACCCACCCUGCACACAAAAGCAGCAUAAUUAACUGUCUUAAAGGAAGCCGAGCCUCCGCCAGCUGCGAGCUGGCAAGAAGAAAAUACCUCGGAAGCACGAGGACCAGGGACGCAGCCGCAGCCGAGCGAGGGGGAGCCGACCGCUGACUGCAAGCUGUUCCCCACCCGUGGACAAAAGCGCCCAUCCGCGCCCGUCGCAUUGCCCUGGGUGACCUUCCUUGGAUGCGGAGUCCGCGCCGGAGUGCAUCUUCCUCGGAUGCUCUGAAGGCGAGGGAUGCCCGGCUGCAUCCGCCCAAGGCUCUUCUUUGUUUGCGCGUAACCGGGAGAGGCCGCGGAGGUAGCCGGGACUCACACGGAGGAUACAUCCUUGCUUCAAGUCGGUGCCUCUUCCCAGCUCCCAUGGGGACCACUGAAGCCACGCUCCGGAUGGAAAACGUGGACGUGAAGGAAGAAUGGCGGGACGAAACUCUGGCCAGGCCACUCUCGGAAGAGACGGGGAUGGACUUGCUUGGAAGUGCCACAGAAGACACAUCCUCCCCUCCCAGCACUCUGAACUUCAACGCGGCUCAUCGUAAGCGGAAGACGCUGGUGGCCCCCGAGAUCAACAUUUCCCUGGACCAGAGCGAGGGCUCCCUGCUGUCCGAUGACUUCCUGGACACCCCCGAUGACCUGGAUAUCAACGUAGAUGACAUCGAGACCCCAGAUGAGACCGACUCGCUGGAAUUCCUGGGGAAUGGCAAUGAAUUGGAGUGGGAAGAUGACACCCCCGUGGCCGCCGCCAAGAAUAUGCCUGGGGAUAGUGCGGACCUGUUUGGGGAUGGCUCGGCCGAGGACGGCAGUGCCGCCAAUGGGCGUCUGUGGCGGACAGUGAUCAUUGGGGAACAGGAACACCGGAUUGACCUGCACAUGAUCCGGCCCUACAUGAGGGUGGUGACCCACGGAGGGUACUACGGGGAAGGUCUCAACGCCAUCAUCGUCUUUGCCGCCUGCUUCCUCCCAGACAGCAGCUCCCCCGACUACCACUACAUCAUGGAGAACCUCUUCCUGUAUGUCAUCAGCAGUCUGGAACUCCUUGUGGCCGAGGAUUACAUGAUCGUGUACCUGAAUGGUGCCACGCCUCGGCGGAGAAUGCCCGGCAUCGGCUGGCUGAAGAAGUGUUACCAGAUGAUUGAUAGGAGAUUGCGGAAGAACCUGAAGUCCUUGAUCAUUGUCCACCCGUCCUGGUUCAUCCGCACCGUGCUAGCCAUCUCCCGCCCUUUCAUCAGCGUCAAGUUCAUCAACAAGAUCCAGUAUGUGCACAGCUUGGAAGAUCUGGAGCAGCUCAUCCCCAUGGAGCACGUGCAGAUCCCAGACUGCGUGCUACAGUACGAAGAGGAAAGGCUCAAGGCCAGGAGAGAAAGCGCGAGGCCGCAGCCAGAAGGCGUCCUGCCCAGGUCUGAAGAGAAGGCGGAGGCGGGGCUGGCGGAGGACAGGUCUGCUCUGGCCACAGAAGAUCAGGAAACAAGCAUGUCCUGAGGUGACGUGAGCACAGAGGAGGACACAAAAGAAGAUCCCAGAUGCCAGGAAACCUCUGUCGGACGCCCUCUGACCCUGGAUCUUGUCCCCACCUCAUCCUGAGUCACAGUCUCCGGGGGGUGUCCGUCUCCUCCAUCCAUGUCUGAAACCCAACAUCCUUUCCAGCUGCCUGAAAGCUUUUUUUUUUUUUAAUGAUGCAGUAUUAGUGCGUUCUGGAAAAGGACCCAGUUCUCCACCCUCCCACACUCAUGAGCUCAUGGCCAAGAAGAGCAAGAAGGGUUGAGCAUGGCCUGUGCGUCCUUGGUGGCCUCAGAGACCCCCACCACCUCUACACCACUGCACAGAAUCCUGGUCAGGACCCUUCUCUUGCUUGUCACCCGGUUCAGGUUGGAGCCACAGAUGCCCAUCGACUCCCUGGCCGGGUCUGGAUUCCUUCUUGUGCCUUUCCUGCCGGAACGGCCCUCGCAGCCCUGGGCAUCUGGCCUGGAAACUCAGCCCCCACCCCCAGCAGCGCCGUGCCCCCCGGGCACUGCCCAGCCUUUGAACUCACAGCUUUUCCUUUGAACAGCCCUUCCCUUGCCUCUUAUAACGUCCACCUUCUUAGGGAGCAUCGGAGCCCACAGCACCAGUGAGGGCCGCUGAUAAUCAUCCUUGUUCUACAGUUGUGAAACCACAUCCCCCUCAAUCUAGAACAUUCUCAAGCCCCUUGAACGCAGAGGCCACGCCACAGGGCAAUCCCGAUCAAUACCUCCUACCGAGGGAAUGAGCCUCCCCACUUCCCUAAUCCCCCCGACAACACGGGGUUGAGAUGCGUCCCUUGGGCUCCCACCAGGAACAGAGGCCAAGAAACCAGUGCUGAAAUAAGCUCAUCCCAGAAACGCAGAUCGAGAAACAGGAAGAUACAGGGUACUGAACGUUCGAGUGUUACAAAGGUCACUGGGGAGAAUAAAAACCAGCGGCCUGGAUGCUACGACCACCUGCAUUCAAAGGAAGCAGAUAUCCUUAGGACAGAAAAAAAAAAAACAUUUUUCUAAUGCGGUUGAAACGCCCGUCAGGUGGGUGCUAAAGGGAGUGAGUUCCCCAUCUCUAGAGGCAUUCAAGAAAAGGCUGGACGGUACUUGCACAAAGUGGCCCUCUGCGGUCCCCUCCAACCCUGAGAGUCUCCGUUUCUAUGAAUCUGAGCAAAAGUCGAGCAGGUGCAUCGUCUGGCCCCUCUUGCUGGCUCUGCAGCUGGCUUCUUAGCGGUGUCAUCCAGGUUUGGUUGACACUCCGUCCCCCAAUAAUUUCCCAGUAGGAGAUUCUUGGCCUCAAAGGAGAUGAUGAAUGCUUCUCCACCUGGGACAUCAAGGGGGUGCGUUUGGGGUUAUCCCAAUGGCAGGAGGGAGCCAGUGGCGAUCAGUGCUGAGCGAAAGGGACAGCAGUGCUUUCUGUAUGUCAAGGAAUUGUCCCACCCCAGAUGCCAGUGGCUCCUGCCUUGGAAAAUUUGGGGUUUCUAAGCAGCCUUGGGCCUGAAUCUUCUGGAACCCAGCACUGCUCCUGUGAGGCCAGGGCAUUUGGGCAUCUGGUGGGGUUUUUAAAUUUGUGUUUCUGCUCUGUUUCCCAAAUGUCAAAUAAAGGACAGGGACCGUGUUCCAGGCGCAGAUGAGUUACCUGGAGCCCGAGGCAGGAGAGGCUGGUGGAUGGGCCUCUGCAGGCUGCCCUCCGAAAGGCCGCUCCAUCCUGGGCCCGCUUGUCCCCCACCCCUGCCCAGAGCGCCUCCUUUUCUAAAAGGUGCCUGGGCAUCUGCCAGGUCACCCCGAACUCCAGGUUCAGGUGGCUGGCUCUGCUCAGCUGACAGAGACACGUGACCCGCGAGGCUCACAAGUCCACAGUAAAUGCAAUAACUCCUGGAAAGCCAGUGCUCCACUGGAAGAGGAAAAGGAGCCCGGGAUAGGAACAGAUGCAUUCCACCUAACCCGACAAUGACUGAGCGGCUGCAGAGGCGACAGAAGGACGAAAGAGGCAGACCCAUCCCGCCCUCAAGGAGCCUGCAGCAUAACAAGAAAUUCCAGCACGGACCCCCUGGUUCACCGUGGCCCACCGACCACCCCUCCGGACCACCAGCAGCCAUAGACAAUAGGCAAGUGGAACCAAGGACCCCAACCCAACCUCACAGCCCCUCCAGAAUAAAGAGAGACCCCCGGGGUGGCUGUCUCCAGGUUGGCCACGUGUCCACAGGUGUGUGAAGUUCUGAGGCACAGCUCCGUCCAUACGGGGCCACUGUGUGUGUCCUCGGUAGCACCUAGGGCUGCUACCCACACCCUCUGAAAUCGGCUUUGCGAAAGAUUUGUAUCUGCGGGGCAGUUUUUGGCUAAAAUGCAACGGAUGUCGAGCCCUCCUUGUAAAGGAACAUUGAGUUUUCUUCUUGUGACACAUGGGAUGCAUCAUAAGUCCCUCCCCAAGUCGUAGUUCACACACCCAUCCUUCCGACGGCGAGUUUUGUGGUUUUUAAAAACAAAAACAAUUCAUUCUGAUUACUGUCGUGAUAUGAAGGCAUCAUUUCCAUGAGCUUUGGGGGAUUUUUAUGUGAAAUAAACUAUCACUGAGAAGGGAGGUUUGUGACUUUUGUCCACGUCCAAGGGAUGUGGCACUGGUUUUGGUUGCGGUGCAGAGGAAGGAGCUUUCAUGGGAUGGGAGGGGGCACAGCUCAAUGCCAAGCGACCCUGGGCAACCUUGGGUGACUUUGGACCAUGGCCUAUCUCCUCUUGCUUCUAUCUCCCAUCUGCAGAAUGGGACCCCUGGCUGGGUUCUUCCCAAGGCCCCUUUUGGCUCUGCCUGUCUGUGAUUCAGGUUCCUUUCCUGUCCCCAGUCUUCUCUGGAAUCAAACUUAGUCAACAGUUAAUAAUAAUAUUAAUUACUAGUAUUAGGCAAUUCUCCAAUCCCCGGCAGACACCAGCUGGGUAUCCUACAAUUUAUCUCAAUCCUGACACUACCGGUUUGGGCAGACCUUACAGGCUAAGGGUUCAGCCCCACAAGACGGCCCCGACUUCAGACACCAGUCAAUCUCAGGUCCUAGAAUAGGGUACAAUUCAGCAAUAGUCAAAUGGAAGAGAUGCACAAGGCGAGGUGUGGGGAAGGGGGCGGAGCUUCCACGCCCCCUCUGGGCACCACCCUCCCAGCACCUCCCUGUGUCCACCCACCAGAAGCUCUAUAGAAACUGCUUAGGGAUUUUCAUGGAGGCAUGACGGAUUACACCACUGGCCAUUGAUGAAAUCUCCAUCCCUCUAAUCCCAGGGUCAGUGGGGUGCCCUGGCCGCCAGCCCCGAUCCUGUGGUUACAGGGCGAAAUUCCAAAAGUCACCUCGUAGCAUAAACUCAGGUGUGGUUGAAAGGUCUUGUUAGGAAAGCAAAGGAUGCUUCCUUCAUCUUUAUUAUCUGGAGCCAUUUCAGGCUCCAGAGGACAUAAGACCAAAUAUUAUCAUAAAAGGGACUUCCCUGGUGGGCCAGUGGUUAGAA